AACACGAGCUGCAGCAACAGCAGCAGCAUACAGUCAUCACAACAGCAGCAGCAGGCACAGCAGCAACAGUUGCUGCUGUCAAUGAAAGCAGCAUGCCAAGCACCAAUGUAUUUCAAGUGCCCGCAACAACAACAACAACAACAGCAGCAACAUCGACAACUGCAGUAGCAGCAGCAACCACAGCUGCUGGCGGCAACACUUUGAAUGUAAGCCAACUGCAACAGCCAGUGGAGUCGGUGGUGCAGCUGCUGGACCUGGAAAUGACAGCCGCACCACCAACUGGCAAUGGACACGACGGACGCAAGCUGACCAAAAAGAAGCAGCUACAGCAGCAACACUUUGCGGAAGCCACCACCACCAGCAGCACCACCAGCACCUCUAGCACCACCAGCACCAGCAGUGGCAGCAGCUUGGAAAGCAGCCAAUCGGCCGCGCUGUUGCCCGUGCCCAAUGGCUAUUUGGGACCCAUUUUUAUGGGCGAGAAAACGUUUAGUGUGGUGCAUCCGCUCAAGAAACCACUGGCACCCACACCCAACCACCACCAACAGCAGCAGCAGGAGCACGAGGACUCCAUUGAGCUGCAGCUGCGCCAGGGACGCAUCGUGGAGAUAUUGGCGCCAACAGCUUUGCUCGAAUCGAAUGUGGAGAGCAGCUCCAGCACAACCACAAUUACAACCACGCUGCCAGCAGCUGCCGCACACACACAAUCGGUGCUGUCGACAACUGUUUUCCAGGUGCCGGAGCCGCAGCAGAGCAGCACCACACGCCUGCCCAUGGCGGCGGCCGAGAUCAGUGUGGCGGGGUACGCGGUGCUGCCAGCACCGCCGCGCACCGAAUCCAAGAUAUCCGAUAUACAAAUCGAGGUAUACGACUCGACGGUCGACUCGAUUGUGGCGUCCACCAAUUUUCGGGACAACCGUGGCUACUAUCCGCUGCCACUGGAACCGACGCUGGGCACCGCCAGGCCGCCCAGCUCACCGGUGGCCCAGGAGCGCUUCACCCAAUACGUAAUCGAUCGGGCCGAUGUCUCCACACAGGCCGCAGCGGGCGCUGUUAUGGGCGUUGGGGUGGACAAACCGGAGCCGGCGGCCAUCGAGAUACACAUCAAUGUGUCGGAAGCCUUUGGCAAUGAGAGCGAAGAUCUGGAGUUCUCCUACCGCCAGCCGGCGGCCAGCGAGACAAAGGCCAGCAAGCCCAACGACGAGAUACUUGUCGUGGAGAUCAUCGACAACAGCGCCGGCGACAACAGCACCGAGAACACGUUCAGCGAUGCCGUCGACCACAUGAAUCUGAAUCCCAUGUUCAGCUAUCCGUAUCGCUCGGAUGCGCCGCCGGCGCCGGCUGUGCGUCCGCCCCACGAUUCUGCCGACGAGCUCUUUAUGGCGGAUACGAAGAGCGUUGAGGGCUUGCCACGCCCGCCGCCGCCGCCGCUGCCACCGCCGCCGCCGCCGCCGCGCAAGCCGAGCAUCGAUCGCGACUCGGACACCAUAUUCUAUAUAUCCAACACGGAGGUCAAGGUCGGCGAAUCCCUGCCCACCGCCAGCAGCGGCAGCAGCGUUGUCAACGAGCAGCAGCAGCGCAAGCUCCAGUUCGAGAAUCAAUUCUUUCCCGCCAGCUACAUCCUGGACCAGCAGCAGCAGCAGCUGCAGCGCAGUUCGGCUGCCACGCCCCGCUAUGAGGAGGACAUUCUACUCUCGCCGCAGCAGCAUACCGCCGACGCCCUAAAGAUCCUGCGCAGUCCCAGCAGUGGCGGGGGUGGAGAUGGCGCUCCUCCGCUGGAUGUGACCUAUGUGGGUGAGUCGGUUAUUGAGGUGGAGCAGCAGUCGCUGGCGUCCACGAUGUCAGCACCGAGCCACGCCAGCUCGCAGCAGUCGGACAUUGUCAUACAGCCGGCGGUGCUGCCCGAUUUGGCGAUUGGAGUGCCCGUCAUUGGGGAGCUGCCGCCGCAGAUAGAGCUCAAGGAGAUCGACUAUAUGCCCGGCGAGCUGGUUGGAGCGGGGCGCAGCAUCUAUGAGAACGAUAUUGAGAGCAACAACGGUUUGGGCCUGGGCAACGAUCCGGAUGUCAUCGAGAGCUCCAUUCAGUAUGGCGGCGAUCUGAUUGACGAUGGCGCCGGCGGCGGCUUUGAUGGCGUCGAGGGCUCCUAUCCGUUCGAGAGUCCGGCCCAUCGGCUGCAGCAGCAGGAUGCACAGGUCGCCCGACACCAGACAUUUGGCCACGGCUUCAGUCACCUGCAUCGCGAGCAGCUGCCCGUCGCGGAGCUACUGAACGCCACGCUCCAGCAGCACAACGAGAGCCUCAGGGGCUAUGCCGAUUCGAGUGGUGCAUCCGCCAUGGCGCCCCUGCAGCACGGGGAGCGCAUGGGCAAUGCCACGGCCCUUUCGGAGGAUCCGCUCGCCGACUAUGAUGGUUUUCUCAAUCUCUUCGCCGUUUCCAUGGGCCUCAUCAUUGUCAUUCUGCCCGCUGCGCUCCUGACGUCCAUGUACUGCGCCGUACGUUAUUUGAUGAACAAGAAUGCGGCUUCGAGUGCCGCUGGCGAUGACAGCGAACAGGGCCAGGAUUCCAAGAAUGAGUCGUCGUCCUGCUCGGUCGCAUCCUUCUCGUCGCCAAUAUCGCAGCUGAGCAUUCAACACGUGAAUCUGAAUCCGAAUCCGUUUUCGAGUCCGGAACUGAAUCCGGACUCGAAUCGAAAUGCAGAUAUGAUUCGGUCCAUGUCCUUGGCCCUGGCCAGCGGCGUGCAGCGCAUCGAGUUUCAAUUUGAUGCGCGCCCAGAUAUACAGACGCCCACAUCGACGGGCGCUGCCACGCCCACAUUGGCGAGCGCUGCGUUCGCGUUCAGUGGUUCCGUCACAAAGAUGACGCUCAAAGAUAAUCAUCUGAUUGUUGUCACCGAAGAGCGCCAUGACAUUUCACGCAACGCACGCGAGACCAAGAUGCACACGGACAAGGACGGCGUCUUCGUGGUUGAGGUGGCGCGCGGCAUCGAUUCCAAGCAGCCGCCGGAUAGCCCCGCCGCCACCGCCAACGCCGCCGCCGCCGCCGGCAUAGACAUUACCGAGCUGCCCUUCGAUACGAACACCAAGCAGGCGGCGGCGCUGGUCGAGCGGAGCUUGCCGCCCAGUCAUGAGCAGGUGCAGAUCCAUGCGCCACCCAGCGAUUUUGCCAAUCCCUCGUUGCCAGUCGGAGUUGGAGCCGGAGCCGGAGUCGGAAUUGGAGUCGGUGCUGUUGGCCUGCAGCUCAUUGAGGAGGAGCAGCUGCUGCCCGAGGAGGAACCGGCCGACGACGAGGAGCCGCAGCCGAUGCCAUCGCUAACCGGACUGUCCCAGUCGGAUCUCAGCUCCAGCUCCUCGAGUGACUCAAACAAACGCUACUCCUAUGGCAACCAGGAGCUCUAUGUCAUCGAGCAGCCCGGCUAUGCCCAGGGCUCGCCACUCUUGCUCAGCGCUCAGCUAAUCGCCGGCCAGGAAACCACCGAUAAUGACCAGGAGCCGCAGUCACAGCUGGAGGAGCCACCGGUGCCGGCACCCGCCGCCUUCGGCAAUGCCCCAGAGCAGCCGGUGGCACUAGAAGAGGGAGCUGCGGCUGGGCAGGAGUCGACAGCUCAGGAGCAGCCCAGGGAGGAGCCGGAAAAUGGCUAUGACAGCUUGAUGAGCCUGCCGGCGCCGCCCUCCACCGAGGAGAUUAAGGAGCUCAACGAUUUUACGCUAAACGAAUCGAACCAAUUGGAUUCAUUACCGCCGCCACCGCCGCCGCCGCUGAAUGAGGCACCAAAUGUCAGCGUACACAACGAGGAGGAGGAGGAGGAGGAGGAGCAGGAGAAGCAGCAGGAGCAGGAGCCAGAGAAGGAGGAGCAACCGGAGCAGAAGCCAAUAAUGAAGCUAGCCAAUGGCAAAAUCAUCGCCAGCAAUGCACCACCAAUAACUGAAACUGGGGGCCAGGAGCCAUCCACAUUGACGCCGCCCGCCUCGCCGCCUGCCACGCCCAGCGGCUCGCCGGUGGCCAGCGGCGGCUCCACGCUGUGCGCCGGCAGUCUCAGCAAUGGCCUCCAUCCGGUUGCACAGCCCAUGGCAGUCGAUGUGAAUGGCAGUUAAGAAGAAGAAGCAGCAGCAAAAGUCUAGAGCAAGAGGCUGAAGAGCAACAGCUGGCAACGCGCAUUGAAGGUAAGCAGAAGUAGAAGAAGAAGAAGAAAAUAGUAGAAGAAGAAGAAGCAGCAGCAACUGGCAAGAAGAAGAAGAGCAACACGCGUUGCAGUUACGAUAUUCGCGAGUACUCAAUAUAAUAUCUAAUAUCUAAGCUAUUUAGAGAUCGAUCGAAGAGGUAUUUUUUUUUUGUGUCCAAAAACAAAAGUCGAAGCAUGCGCCCACACACACACACACACACACACACACACACACACACACACACACACAUACACAUAGACAGAUGUUUAGGCUAGGCUAAGCGUUAGGCAGCAUAAAAUAAUCCAAAAACAAAAACUAAAUAUAAAUAUGAAUAUGAAUAUGAAUGCGUGAGCGUAGCAAAAGAAUUUUCAAUUUUUCCAAUUAACUGUUUGUUGAUUUUUCAAAUAUUGAUAGAAACAAAAAGAAAAGAAAAAAAACACAAAAAAAAAAUAUAUAUAUUCAAAUGCGAUUGAUAUUGAAAAAAUAAAACAUAAUUAAUUGUUUGUCUAUUUGAUAAUUGUCAAUGAUAUUUCAAUGUCUAACUACAAAAUAACUACAAAUAAGCCACAGCCGAAACGAAUCCCUUGACAACAAGUAUAAUAAUGUCCCCCCGAAAACAAUGCCAUAAAAUGCAUAAAUAAUACAUUUUAAUUGUUUGCACAUACAUUUCGAUUGCGCAUUCUUAAUCAAAGCAACUAACCCAUUGUAAUCGACUAUUUUUUUUUGGAGCUCCAGCGCUGUCAAAUUACGUUAUGCUAUCUUUUUAGGGUCUUAGUUGUGCAUAUCGAAGAGCUUAAACAAAUAUAACAACAUUUUAUGGCAGGAACCAACUCAGUGAAUGCGCUAAAGCUUUGAGUUUUGGUAUGCUGACUAAUUUCGCACCCAGCUCUCUGCAAACGAAAGCCUUGCAAAGAGCGCCCUUUAAUUGAGCAACUAACCCAGUGAACUCAGCUUUCACCAGAGCUAGAGCUGUCAAAUUUGAUAUGCCGAUUAUUGAGGAUCUCAGUUGUGCUUAUCCAAGAGUUCAGCAAAAUAUACCAACCUUUCGGAGGGCAACCAACCCAUUGAACUCGGCAACUAAGCGCGCUAGAGCUUUGAUUUUUGGUAUGCUGACUAAUUUCGCACCCAACUCUUUGCAAACGAAAGCCCUGCAAAGAGCGCCCAUCAUUUGAGCAACUAACCCAGUGAACUCAGCCUUCACCAGAGCUAGAGCUGUCAAAUUUGAUAUGCCGAUUAUUGAGGAUCUCAGUUGUGCUUAUCCAAGAGUUCAGCAAAAUAUACCAACAUUAUAGCAGAGCAACUAACCCAGUGAACUCAGCUUUCACCAGAGCUAGAGCUGUCAAAUUUGAUAUGCCGAUUAUUGAGGAUCUCAGUUGUGCUUAUCCAAGAGUUCAGCAAAAUAUACCAACAUUAUAGCAGAGCAACUAACCCAGUGAACUCAGCUUUUACCAGAGCUAGAGCUGUCAAAUUUGAUAUGCCGAUUAUUGAGGAUCUCAGUUGUGCUUAUCCAAGAGUUCAGCAAAAUAUACCAACAUUAUAGCAGAGCAACUAACCCAGUGAACUCAGCUUUCACCAGAGCUAGAGCUGUCAAAUUUGAUAUGUUGACUUUUUGAAUGUGUCAACUGUUCGCAUCUGAAGAAUUAGGGGAAUCUACACACAUUUGGCACAUUUUGCGUGCACAGCGUGUUUACAAGUCGUACUCCGAUAUUCUUUGACAUUUACUAUAUUUCAUUUCAUUUUGUGAAGAGUAAUCAAAUGUGCCGAAAUUUAUAUAGAAGAAGACAAACACACAAUUUACAAUAACAAUUUAUACAAUCUAUAAGAACUUUACUUAUACAAAUACGAUACGUGAGCAUCUCGUGUAAUCCUUGAACAACUAGCGACUAGCAAAUAGUUUUCUUUUGGUAAACAAUACGUAAACUAUAAACAAACAAAAACAAAAAAAAACACAGGACUUCAAAUUCAGAACAUAACAUAAACUAAAUAUUGAUGUGCUAAGUGUAACUAAGAUAAACAAUUAAAUAUUCAAUAAAUGGUAAAAUGGUAAAUGGUAAAAAAGAGAAAAAAGCAAAGUCAUACAACACAAGAAAAUAAAAAGAAAAGAACAGAAAUGAAAAGAAAAGAAUUCUCUAAAUAAAUAGACGUAAAACAUUUAUUAAAUAAAACUCGAGAUUUCCAGAAAAAUAUUAAAAUAAAAUAAAAAAAAUAUUAUAGCAAUUAAAGAUAAAUGAUAAUUAAUUCAAAGAAAAUUAAGAAAAAUGCGUGCACUGCAAGUGGCACUCGUUUUUUUUUGUUUUUUUUUUUACAAGUAGAGAAUUAUAUAUGCAAUACCCAAAGGAUAUAGCAAGUUAUAUAGAUCGGUUCCGAUCGGUUCAAAAACGAACGAACGACAGAUUUUUAAGUUUUUUGUUAAUUCGAUUGUUUCCAAUUGUUUUAUUGACAAUUUGUUUGUACGAAGCAGGCACAAAACAAGAAAAUAUAUAUAUGAUAAUGAUUGAUAUAUGAUAUACUUAUAUAAUCCUAUAUAGAAACAUAAAUCUAGGCAUGUGCCAGUUUUUUUUUUUUUUAAUAAGAAUAAUAAAGCCAAACGAACACAGAAAAGAAAAGUAAAUGGAAAUGAAAAACAUAAAGAGAAAAAAGUAAAAAAACAAAAAAAAAAAAACAAAAAACAUAAUAAGUAAAUGUGAUUGUUAUUUAACUUAAGUUAUGCAUUAAAUUGAUAAUUGAUAUGUGUGUGUAUUUGUAUGUAAGGUAUGCCAAAAACAUAUAGUAUAUAUAUACAGCCCAGUUAGCCAAAGCGAUGAUUGAUUCGAUUGAGAUCGAGCGCAGAGCAUGGUACAGUAAAAGCUGAAAAACUGAUUUAAAAUGAAAAGAUAAAUGGUAACUACUAUGUGAAGGCUACUAAGCGAGCAUUUGACCCACUAUAUACUAGGGUCAGCCAGCGAUUGGAAUAAAAUGAAUAAAAUGAAAUUCAAGAUAUUAAGAAAGCAA